CAAAGCACCAAUUGAUAAGUUUUGGUUCCGUUGAGAGAAGUGAUUUCUAUAGGAAAGAGAUAGCACUAUAGUGAUCAGACAUGAUGCUACUGUUUCAAAUCAGUGUGCUACUAUUGACACUACAGGGAGGAACAUCAACAGAUAGUUGUCUCUCUGAAGAUCACCAAAAAAUAAGAUUGACUGGCCCAAGAAGUAUAAAAAAUGAGGGAGCUGUUCAACUUUGUGUUCGAAAUAGAGAUACUGAAUAUCUCUGGCACUACAUAAAGACUCAGAAUGGUUGGAAUCUCAGAGCAGCAAACUUAGCCUGUAGAGAACUGGGUUUGAAUUACACAGGUGUCAGAGCAAACACAGUACAGCUAACGAAAAAUGCUAGAACAAUAGUAGAAACAAUCAAUUGCAACGAUGGGGAUGAGGAUUUAAGAGACUGUUUACCUGAUAACUUAGAUGACAUAGAUAGAAGGAGUCAAGUAGCUGGACUGAUUUGCAACUGCAUAGAAAGAGCCCUAAGGCUGGUGGAUGGCUCCAGCUACAAUGAAGGACGAGUGGAGGUGUGCUCCAAUGGUCGCUGGGGUACAGUGUGUGGUGAUGGGUGGACAGAGAGAGAAACUGCUCUAGUGUGCAGUAGACUGGGGUACCCACAAGACGACGCCACAAUCAGCAACUUUGGAGAGGGUAGUGGACCAUUGUACGAUAUUACCUGUCCAAGUACGGGAAGUGAUGACCAGGAAUGCAUACCCAUGAUAACAUCUGCUCCAUCUUCUUGUGACCACUCGAUGGAUGUUGGAGUGAGGUGUCUUCCAUUCACUGAUGCUUAUGCAGAUCUAGUCAAUGAAGUAAUUACCAAUUUAGAAACUACAACAGCUUGCAGUUGUCAACAAUGUACACCACCAACGAUUGCAGAGUGUACCCCAGCAAGUACUGAGGGAGACGGCAAUGACUAUGAGAUGACUACAAGCAACACGCAACCAACAAUAAGUAUUGAAUCCUCACAACCAACAAUGGCUGUUCCAGUCAACAAAGUACCAUCGACAACUACCGAAACCUCUCAACCAAGUGAUGGAGCUACCACAGAGAGCAGUAUCACCCAGAGCACAGUCAUGAGUACUAGUGGGACAUUAGGAGCACUAAUUGGUCUAUUGGCAGCUGCUCUAGUGGUGGUUGUCACUGGAUGGAUUGUGUCGUGUGUUUACUUACAGAGAAAAAUAAACAAGAAAUGCAAAGACCACACCCACACAACGUCUGCCUCUACGAGUGACCGCACCCUUCAACUCAACAACCCAGUGUAUGAUGGUAGCACCACUGUCCCACACACCACGUACAGCUCUCAUGGACCCUCCUAUGAGGUCAUUGACACUAAUGAGGGGGUGGAGCACAGCUAUGAUGUCAUCAGUCAAAGGGGUGCAACUAGACCACACCCACCUACCACACCCCCUGUGUCCAACGAGGAGUACAGUACGCUAGACACCAGCAGAGAGAAUGAGUAUCACACACUAGAGAGCAAUACUGGAGAUAGUCAAUAUUCAGUGGUUGGACACAAUGACCCCCAAGAUUACGAGGUGCCCGCCCCCCCUCAGGGGGAAGAGUACUCUACACUGAAGCAUUGAUAGCCUACGUACUAACUUAACAAGAGACACACUCAAUUAUGUACAGUUUAUCAUAAUUAUGUGCCUUUCUUUACGUGUAUACACAAGUAUUUGCUGUACUAUAUAAUUAUACACUAACACAA